AUGUCUCUCCGGCAUACUCCCCGCCAGUCCGACCGUGAUGUCCGCCUUCAUGACCCCCAUGCUCCUCACGCCCAUGCCCACUCUGUUCCUCCACCCGCGCAUCACCACCACGGCAACCCCCCACAUAUCAACGGGAACGGGAUCCCAGCUACACCGGUUGGCAUACCUGUGUCCAGCCACGUACCCCCGGCCCCACAACUGCUUCUCGCGUCCCCCGUCAUGUCGGCAGUAGCGCCAAACGGCGUUGUUGUCCCAGCGUCCAUCCAGAAGCUCGCGCACGCGAACGAACAGACGUGGCUGCUCAUUGGUCGGGUCGCCGAGCAGAUGGGUAAUCUGGAACAUGCACUGUCCGCGUACGAGAAUGCGCUGCGCCACAACCCCAUGUCUCUUCCUGGCCUGACCCAAGUCGCCGGCAUCGCGCGGAUCAAAGAAAAUUACCCAAAGGCCGUCGAGUACUUCCAGCGUGUCAUCGAUAUGCAACGAGACAACGGCGAAGUGUGGAGCGCCCUCGGGCACUGCUACCUGAUGCAGGACGAUCUGCAGAAGGCCUAUAACGCAUACCAGCAAGCCCUCUACCUCCUCCCCAAUCCCAAAGAAGAUCCGAAACUUUGGUACGGUAUUGGCAUCCUCUAUGACCGAUAUGGUUCGCUCGAUCAUGCGGAAGAGGCCUUCGCGUCUGUGCUUCGUAUGGACAAAGACUUUGAUAAGGCGAAUGAGAUUCUCUUCCGGCUCGGCAUUAUUUACAAGCAGCAGGGCAAGUACACUGAGAGUCUUGACUGCUUCGACCGCAUCCUCCGCAAUCCGCCGAAUCCCCUCGCCCAUGCCGAUAUCUGGUUCCAAAUCGGCCACGUCUUCGAGCAGCAGCGCGACCACUUGAGGGCACGCGACGCAUAUGAGCGGGUCGUCGUUGACAACCCUGGGCAUGCCAAGGUGUUGCAGCAGUUAGGCUGGUUGUACCAUCAGGAUGGCUCCUCCUUCCAGAACCAGGACCUUGCAAUCCAGUAUUUAACGAAGAGUCUCGAAGCAGAACCGGCGGACGCGCAGAGCUGGUACCUCCUGGGACGCGCGUACAUGGCCGGGCAGAAAUACAACAAGGCGUACGAAGCAUACCAACAGGCGGUGUAUCGCGACGGCCGCAAUCCCACGUUCUGGUGCUCCAUUGGCGUGCUCUAUUUCCAAAUUAACCAGUAUCGCGAUGCGCUGGACGCCUACUCGCGGGCCAUCCGCAUUAACCCGUACAUUUCAGAAGUGUGGUUCGACCUCGGCAGUCUCUACGAGAGCUGCAACAACCAGAUCUCGGAUGCUAUUGAUGCUUAUGCGCGUGCUGCAGAGCUCGACCCCAGCAACACCGCGAUUGCGCAGCGCCUCCAGUUAUUGAAGACUGCACAGGCAACAGGUGGUACACUGCCUGCUGCACCUGGCCCUCAGGACGUGCACCCUACGGCCUACGCCAAUCCGAUGAUGCCGCCUGGCGCCUUCCCAAUGCUGCUACAACCUGGAGGCUCACGCCCCAUUUUCCGUACUGACUCGCGCGGCCCACCGAGCGACCUCCCCCUGCCCAUGCCGCCCCAGCUGAAUUCGAGCCGUUCCUCACCAGGUCCCUUCCGCGGCGGCCCGCCCCCGCCCGUAGUACUCGAUGACAAUCGCGUACCAUCUCACACGCCGCUUGCGCCCAUGGACGUUGAUCGUAUCUCGCACCACUCUCGCGAGCACUCCGCCUCGUACCCCCCGUCCUCACGCGACAGCGGCCCGCGCGGUCCAGCAGGGCAGAGCCUCCUUUUGCACCACCCCGUGCUUUCGCAGUCUCCCGUUGACGGGAUGCGUCAGCCCCACCAUGAGCACGCGCGCCCGCUGCGGAUGCCUUCAACCUCCGCCUCCCCUCCGCCACACGCACACCUUCGCGCACGCUCUCCACAGCACCUCCCACCCUUCGAGCGUGUCGUCGGUCCUGGUCAGACGCCCGGUCCCGUCUCCCGUCGCACCCCCCCUCUACCGUAUUCCCGCGACGAGCGCGAAUCAGCCUGGGACCGUCGCAUUGUCCCCAUCCCUAUCGACCACGCGGAGUGGGAGCGCGAGCGCCGUGGACGCCCCCCGAGCGAGUACCCCGUGCACACCUCACCAGCGUACUACGCGUCCCGCCCGCAUUCGCCCCGCGGUCCUAGCCCCCGAGGCCCGCGCGAGCGCAGUCCGGACGUAUCUCCGCGUGCCGUGCAUCCCACGUACAGACCGUUCUGGGAGAAGCCGCCGACGUCGGGCCCGGGCGUGCCUCGCUCGCCGCUCCGCCCGCCGAUGGAUAUGCAGGAGCCCAUGCGGAGGUACGAUCCGCGGUUCGACGCACGCGAGGCACCGAACCAGUACGAGCGUGAGAGGGGCAGGGAGCGUGAGCGCGACAGAGAAAGAGAGUCGAUGGAUGUGCUCGACCCGCGGGACCCGCGGUACGUGCCCUCGCCCGAUGUGCGCGCACGCGGUCUUCCGCCGCCAGGGCACUACGCCUCUGAGAGCCCGCGGAUUCCCCUGCAGACUGUCAGCGUCGGCCCCGCCGAGCCCAAGGAGCGUAGACGGCGCACCGGGAAGGAGAGGGACGCCGAAUCGUCCGCAGGCUCCACCUCCGCGCCCGCGGCUGAAGCCCCGCCAAAGAAGGAGCGCAAACGUCGCGUGAAUACGAAACGCGUUAAGGAGGAGCCGCAGCGGAGGGACAACCCCGCGGGCCCGCUGUCGUUCAAGUACCGCAAGACCGUUGGCAGUCCCGAGCCCGCGAGCUCCGGAUCGGGCAGAUCCGUGCAGCCGUCACCCACAGGCUCUGCGCACCUCCCUCCGGCACGUGUUGUGGACGAGGAUUACGACGAGGGUGUAGCGGAUGCGCUGAUGGGCCUCUCUCAGUAUCCACGCGCGUUCGGCCCCGGUCGUGCACCUGGCGCGUCGCCAAGGACGUCGAUCUCCUCACGCUCUCCCCCAGUCGGCACCAAGCGUCCCCUCAGUCCUGCGCCAACCGACGAGCACGCAGACAAACGUUCACGCGUGGGCAGCAUUAGCGGGCGGCCGACUUCGCACUCCAUCUCGUCCAACUCGAACGGCAACUCUGGCGGACGCCCGACGCCGACGCCCUCGAUGCGCCCCUCGCCGAUCCCGUUCCAUCAACAGCCGUCGUCGCACUCGCCGGAGACGCGACAGACGCUCGACCGCCCCUCGUACCCGCCCUCGCCGUCCCUUCCACCGUCGCUCCCUAUGAUGCUCCCACCGCACCCGCGUCCGAUCGGUGCGGGUCUCUCGCACGCUCCACCGAUGACCCUGCCACCGCUCGCACACCCGCCGGCGCCGCCAGUGGUCAGCCCCCAGCGGGACAGGGACGCGGAUGGGGACGAGCGCAUGCACUCGCGCUCAGCAUCACCGCCACGGGGUGCGAAGCGUGACAUCGUGCCGCACGGCACGUCCGCGCCUGCGUCUGCUGGCGGGUCGCCCUCAACGAAGGCCACUCCGUCGCCGGCGUCGAGCAAUGGGCGUGUGGGGCCCGUACCAUGA